AUGCUGUCAAUCACUUCCGUCGUAAAGGCGGCCAACUUUAUAACAUCCAGACCCACAUUGGCCAAAGUGAUCACUCCCUUGGCUAAGAAAUUCACUGAAUAUGCCGGAUACAGGGAAAUGGGAUUGAAGUAUGUUGAAAAUUAACUAAACCAGUCAACAACAACAACUACAACAAACACACACAGACACACACACACAGAAAGAGCACUUUUGUACUAACAAAUCGUCCUAGGUUCAACGAUCUCAUCAUGGAAGAGACCCCCGUGAUGCAAAAGGCCAUCAAAAGAUUACCAUCAUCGGAAAGCUACGCAAGAAACUACAGAAUCCUCACGGCACACCAGUUGGCCUUGUCUCAUCAGAUCUUGCCCGCUGAUAAAGCAGUGAAACCAGAGGAAGAUGACCACUAUUUGAUUCCAUACAUAUUGGAAGCAGAAAAGGAGGCAUUCGAGAAGGCCGAGUUGGACAACAUCGAAGUCAAAGCUUGA